AGAGGCACAUUGUCCGGCAUGUCGGACGCGUGAAGAUGAGUUCAAGCUACGAAAGAAUGUGCUUGCUGAGGAGCUCGUCGAGGCAUAUGAGCCGCUGCGACAAAGUCUUAUGAGCAUGCAGCAAGAACACCUGCGACACGUCGAGAAGCACAAGCAGGUAGAGGUCUACGAGAUUCCUGACUCUUCUCCCUCUUCACAAGAAGAUGCACCGCGUAGAUCAAAGCGCAGACGAACCUCCCAGUCCUAUGCCGCAGCGUCGCCUGAAGACGUCGCACGAAGGCGUCCACUCGAGCGCGGUGAAGUGCUUUGUCCGGUGUGCAACAAGCCAGUGCAAGAAGAAGCCAUCAACGCGCAUGUCGAUCGCUGUCUAUCUGGAGAAGCAGAGGGUGGAGACGUGCCGACCAAAUCGAAGCAUUUUGCACCGCCAGUCGCUCCUGUCUCUGCACGUCCAUCAGAGAAGCGUUUGCCAAAGCUCAACUAUGCAGUACUGACAGAGGCUAAGCUACGGACAGAGCUCUCGCGGUUAAGCAUCCCCUCGAACGGCAGCAAAACUACACUACAACGGCGACAUGCAGAGUGGUUGACCUUAUGGAACAGCAAUAUGGACGCAAAGCACCCUCGGUCGCGACGAGAUCUGCUUCGUGAGCUCAAGGCGUGGGAGGAUGCACUGGGCAGGUCGACGGUGAAGUUGACGACGGAGGAGCUGGAAGAGCGCGCGGCGGAUGACCAUGGAGACUUCAAGUCGUUGAUUGCAAGGGCGCGGGCGUCGGCGGAAGAAGCCAAGCGCCAGAGUCUUGGGAGUGCGCAGGAAGAGGCUUCCGCUGCUGCAGCUAUCCCUGCAGAAGGCCCCGAGACCGAGGCCGCUGGUUCCUGAGCAAGUUCUUUGUCUCUUGGCUUCUUCUUUGUCCUCGAAGUCGCCGCAGAAUAAAAAGGGAAAGCAGCCCACGACGACACGGCUCCCUCGACCAACACAAGACUCUGUAGGCCAUGACGACCAUCAGGCAGCUUGCGCCCGACGUAACCAUCUUCUCCGCCCCCUUCUCCCGCUUCGGCCUCUUCAAGAUUGGCGCACGAGCAACAGCCCUCGGGGUAACAAACACAACAGGCACACCAGCAAAAGACGUCAUCAUCGUGUCGCCCAUCGCCGCAUCGCCUGAGAUCGAGGCGGCGCUUGUUGGACUCGGCACAGUCAAGUAUCUCGUUGCGCCUGACCGAGAGCACCACUUGCAGCUCGAGGACUAUGCAAAGCGCUACCCAGAGGCCAAGAUCAUCGGCGUCGAAGGCCUUCCUGAGAAGCACCCAAAUUUGACCUUCUUCAAGGUCUUUGGCA